AUGAGCCGACCUUCGAGCCUCGAGCUCGGCAGGGCGCGUCCAAACCCGCAAGACGAGCUCGACACGCUCCGCCUCGAGCUCGACGAGGCCCGCAACAUCGUCAACGGCGCACAAGCACUCGCUCGCGUCCUCAGCCAGCAGCCAGACGACGAGGCCGACUUUGUCAGCUCGCUCCCCGACGCCCUCCUCGAGGAGCUCAGCCGCGCCCAGGACCGCAUCCCGCGACUUGAACGCCGCAUCAGCGCUCUCGAGGUGCAGCUUGCUGCCGGGAUUCCGACCCCGUUCUCGCCAGCUCAACCACCGCUGUCGGCCGUCGCCAAUGGCUUCCAUCGCCCGCAGGUCUCGAGCAGCUACGGCAGCAGCAUCUUCGAGCGACCUUCGCCCGGGUUUCCUCCACCUGCUCCUGAACCGCCGUCGCAAGCCCAGGUCGCCCUCGAGCGCCUUCUCGCCGCCCUGAGGCGACUCGGUGAUCGCGGCGACCCGUACGAGCGCGUGCAGGUCAUGGACGAGGUCGUCGACGUCGUCGACCAGUUCCCGUUCCUCAAGCUCGAGAUCUCGCUCGAGGAGCACCUUCCUUCGAUCAUGGCAUGCCUCGCAGAUUCUGCCGGGAAAGACGUCCGUGCUGCGACAUACCGCCUCGUGCGCCACCUCAUGGUCGACGCGUCCGAUGCCAUCCGCCUCAACGAGCACCACCUCCCGCUCUUUCUCGUCCGGUCUCUCUCUCGCGACGCCAAGCACGACCACGAGAAGACGCAGGCGCUGCGGCUCGUCCGGGCCCUCAUCGUGCUUGCUGGCCCGUCGCUCGGUCACGGCCGCGCGGUCGUCCCCGUCUCGGUCCUGCGCGGCGUCGUCGCGCUCGCAGAAACGCCCGAGGAACGACUGCGCGUCGCUGCGCUCGAGACGCUCGGCGAGCUCGUGAUCCGCAACCUGCCGCUCCUCGUCGCGAGCGAGGGCCUUCGAGUCGUCCUGCAGGCCCUCGCCGAUGGGCCGUUCGACUUUGCGCCGUACCUUGCGCUCGCGUUCCUCGCCGCUGUCGACCAUCCCGACACCCGACAAUGGCUGCGCCCGGGCGUCGACGUCGAGGUCAUUCUCGCAGGCUUCACCGAGGUGCACGGCAAGGGCUCGACUGUCGAGGAGCGCGUCAAGGCGAGCGCGGGCUUGGUCGCCACCUUUCUGCAGAGCUGGAGCGGCCUCUUCUACCUCAACAUUCAUGGCCGUCAAGCGCUCACGUCGCUUGUCGACUCGCUCACCAACCCUUCGCAGGUCAUUCGGGACACGCUCCUCGACAUGCUCUUCGGCGUCUUCAACGUCAAGUCGCCAGCGCCUCACGAGCAAGGGCGCCCGUCGUUCUCGACCCUGUCGGCGCCUUCAUCUGCAUCAGCUCCUGGCGCCAACGCGCCGCAGCGUCGCACCAACCUGAUCGACCAGUUCAUGGCCGUCCUGCUCCUCAUCUUUGUCGAGGCCGGCCUCAUCGAGGCCCUCGCGUCGCUCGCUGCCGACCCGAAGGACCCGUCCACGGCGACCAAGGUCUCGCUCCUCAUCGGCGAGAUCCUCUCGCUCGCCAACCGCGUCCUCCCGGCGUCGCACGCCGUCCGGGUCCAGUCGUUGCCGUCGCUCUUUGCCCUCACGGCGGGCUUUGACCCGAGUCGGGAGCGCCUCGCGGCGAGCGACGCGCUGCUCAAGGUCGGGCGGUUCGAGCGCGAGAGGGAGCAACGCGUCGCAGGUGCCGGCGCCCUCGAGAGCCGCAGAGCUCGGGCCAACUCGCUCGAGGACCCGCAACAGCGCGCCUCGGCCUCCAUCUCGAGCGUCCGCCUUGCCGCCGCCCUGUCGAUGGACGACCUCGCGUUCCGCAACCUCCUCCUCGAGAGCGGUGUCCUGUCGGCCAAGGAGGAGACGCGCUGGGUCCCCGACGCCCUCUAUACGCUCGUGCAGGGCCCGCUCCGCAACGCGCGCCGGCUCGAGGAGGCGACGAGGGCGACCAAGUUCAUGCGGCGCGUGCUCGCGUUCUACCACCCGUUCGCGCUGCGGUUCAGCGACUUGCCCAAGGACCCGCUUACCGACAAGUGGGUCGACCUCGGGUGCGAGAUCGUGUCGAUGCUCGUCGCGAGCCCGGUCGGCGUCCAGUUCCUGGUCGAGGACAAGCUCUUGCCGCAACUCGCCGAGGCGCUCUUCCAGCUCGACACGGCGAGCGGCGCACCAAUUCUUCUGACCAAGGACCGGGUCGAGGGCACGAUCUCGAGCGGGUACUUCUCGAUGCUCGGCGUGCUGUCGCGGUCCGAGGCUGGCAGGAGCCUGCUCGACGAGCUCAAGCUGUGGACCGCCUUCUACCGCAUCGCCGAGAUGCGCAACCGCGAGGACCUCGUCCGCCUCAUCAUCGACAACAUCGACUACUCGACAGACGGUCAUGCGCGUGUUUUCCUGUCCAAGGCCCUCACGUCGAGCUACAAGGCGAGCCCUGCACGAGUCCACGUCCGCCACUACGCCACGCAGCGCCUUGCCAAGAUCCUCGCCGCCCCGGCAGGCCCGACACCGUGGCAGAUCGAGCUCCUCGUCCAGCAGCUGUACGAUCCGGCGCCCGAGGUCGUCACGCUCGCCAUCCGGGCCCUCGCCGACGCCUGUGCGUCCCAAGACGUCCUGCGCGCCGUCGUCGGUCUCCGCCCGGCGCUCGAGGUCCUGCCCGUCGACGAGGGCGAGCCGCUCCUCAUGCUCUUCUUGGCCGACUCGGCCGGCGUCGGGUACCUUCAAGAGAUUGGCUGGGUCGAGCGCGAGCUCGAGACGUGGUACCAGGAGCGCAACCUCGUCUACAUGGUCGAGCUCGAACUCGCGCUCGGUGCGGCGCUCAAGGCCGACGGCGGCGUGCAGGGCUCCUCGUCGCGCUUUGACGGCACCCCGCCGGCGCACCUCUACGGCGAGCUCGCUCGGACGGCCGAGGGCUGCGACAUACUUCGCGACAGCGAGCGCAUGGACGACCUCGUCGACGUCGUGCACAUGCACGAGGAGUCGGCGCUCGAGCGCACGUACGUCGUCGAGCUCAAGAGCGUGCUGUGGGCCAUCGGUCACAUCGGCGCGAGCUCGACCGGGCUUGCCGUCCUCGACGAGUACGACGUCCUGACCGACCUCGUCCAGAUCGCCGCCUUCUCGCCCGUCUACUCGCUUCGAGGAACGGCCACGUACGCCCUCGCGUUCAUCUCGUCGACCGAGGAAGGCGCCGAGAUGCUCGACGAGCUCGGGUGGGAGAGCGUCUUUACUCCGUUGCGCGGUCCGACGGGCAUCUGCGUCCCGAUGUACCUCAACGACUACAUCUUUACCCCGAUGUGGGACCCGCCGCUCCUCGACCUCCCGGGCACGUUCGAGCUCGCGCCGUCGACCUCGUCUCUCGAGCGCGAGGCCCUGUCCGCCCUCGCCAACCUGUCGAACCACAUCCUCGCGACCAAAGCGUCGCGCACCCUCACGCGCCUCAAGGCCCGCCACCGCUCCCUCUUUGCCUCUCCCGCCCUGUACGCUCGCGCCGGCGAGAUGCUCGCGAGCCACCACUACCGGUUCGCCGUGCGCAAGUACGUCAUGGAGCUGUUCGACGUCGAGCUCGACCCGGCGAUGGCGGCUCGAGUCGCCGACGCGGCCGAGGCGCUCAGGCAGCGGCGCCGAUGGGACAUGGACCCGGACGAGGCGAUGCGCGUCUCGCAGCUCUCGUCUGGGCUGCAACGGGUGGCGGGCCUGGACGGGGCCGGGCAGUGGGCGGCGUCGGCGGCGGGCGACGUGCCAGGCAGCCUCCUCGGCAGCCUCGUUGGCGGCGGCGGUCGCGGCGGAGGGGACGACGAGUCGGAUGACGAUGAUGAUGACGACGACGACGACGACGAGUCGAGCGGGGCAGAGGUGGACGCGGCCAUCCCGGUCAAGGAGCUCACGCCGCUCGUGACGGUCCGAGGCUUCCUCCUCGGCUGA